GAACCUGCGAACAGACUCAGGGAAGAAGGUAAAGCAUCCUUAUAGCCAACCCCAGCACAUAUGCAUGCACUGCAUUGUAUGGAGUAGGACACACAGAAGGACUAUGCACAGACGUUCACAUCACAGUGUGCCAAUAAAGAAGAGACAUGAAUUAUCUACUGCUAAUGGUGACAACAGUUGCUAUACUGCAGACAUGCAGUGCACAGAAAAUCACAAGGUUCACAGCCUGCUUGAUGGGUCGUGGUCCAACGCUACGGUUAGACUGCCGAUAUGUGAACAUUACCAACAAUCCUAUGCGCUAUGAAUUCAGGGUGACACGUAGAAAAGAUCCUGAGAUCAUCCUCAGCACCAUCAAUCUUAACCAUUUCAACGAAAAAUAUCACAACCGUGCUAGUGUGUAUACAGAACGAGGCCUGGUUCAGCUGCACAUUCAGCGGUACAACUCCUCCGACUUAGGCCAGUAUACAUGCACUCUAAACAUUCCUGAAGACCUCACCAUCAACCAAACAGUGUCCAUCAAUGUCAGCAAAGAGAGGCUGUUGAGAUGUGGUGCAGUCAGUAUCCUCGCCCUGAAUACAUCAUGGUCUCUCGUCUUGUUUCUCUUCCUGCCUUUACUUCAAGCUGGUAGCUUCUUCUAAAUACUGGCCAAUAUUUAAAGAAAUCAUCAUCAUUAAGCCUCACUAUAAUCUUGGACAAGAUAAGAACUGGUCCAGUGUCCUUGUUGCAUUUCGUUUGUGUUUUCUGUCUUAAGAUCAAUGCAUAGUUAAAAAAUGAGGUAAACGUCCACUUCUAAGUAAUAUUUCACGUGAACAUCUGUAAGUUACAGAACUGGUCUCAUGUAUCAACAAAAAUUAAAGGGGUCGCCAGUUUUAAAACAAUUUUCACCAGCACAUCCCACUACCCACUGGACCAGUGGAGUACAGGAUACUUACCUGCUCCCCACCGUGACCCACCAGACCUUUCCUUCACCAGUCCGGUGGGGAAGUGGGUGCUGGCAAGUGGGUGCUUUAAGCCUGGAAAACCCCUUGAAGCCUUGUUUCCCAAAGUAACCAGAGAUUAAUAUUUCAGUGCAAUUUGGAAGAAGAAGGCUGAAUUCAGAUAGGUUACUAUGGUCUCUGAGGUACUUUAAUACAUGAGGCUCAACAGGUCUUAUGCAGUCUUAUUGCUAUGGACAAUACUGAUGCUUUUUCAUACACUAGUUUGUUAAAGGGGUUUUCCAGGACCCAGUUGACCCAGUAAUGCACCUUAAUUAAUCAUACCUUUCCUGCAAAAGAAAAUUGACAACAUACUUACUUUCUCGAAGUCGUGUGGAUCAGCUGUUCUGGAACCUAGUUUUUGGAAAAUCUUACAUUCACUGACAUCACAUUCUUCUCCAGGUUUCUGGUCUGGUCUAUGGACGGGGUAAUGGGGACGGGGGCUGCUGUGGACAGGGCCAUUUGUCUUGGAGAGGUGUAGUUGUGGCUCCAUCCACAGCUCCUUCCCUGUCCUGGGCAGCGGAAAUGUUGGUGGAUGUAGGAUUUUCCAAAGAGGACCAUCACAUGACUAAGUUCCAGAGUAGUGAAUGAAGGGGUGGCCGUGCAUGCUUUGCGUCCUCUCCAUUCAGUACUAUGGAAUUCCUGAAAAUAGCCAAGCAAGUGUGCUCAGUUAUUUUCUUAAGUCCCCAUAGCAGUGAACAGAGAGGAUGCCGGAGUGCUACACAUUCACAUCAGGGCCCAUUCUUGACACAGAAGAGGGUCCCAGAGGUGGAAACUGCACCUAUUGGACAUUUGUGGCAUAUACUAUUAUAAAUGUCCAGAUGGGAGUACCCCUUUACAUUUUUGUCUUCAGACUUUACAAUCCCUUUACCAUCUUGAAAAUUGACCGGUCCCGGGAGCUAUAUUGACUUGUUAAUGACGAGGAAUACUUCUGCUUUUUGUACAUAAGGAUUUGAAAACUAUCACCGUUUUCUCG